UUUUCCCACCGUCUCAGAAAUUGAGGAAACUGUGUGAUAUGAUUUUGGCCUUGCAAAUUAUCAAAAGAAUAAAUUGAACAGUAGACCAAUAGUGCAUCUAGCUUCUAAUUUGUUGCCAAAAGUACAGAACAAGGAGAAGAAUUUCAUCGCUGAAUCAGAAACACAAAAUAUUUUAGCUUCUGUAAUUCCUAAUAACAAGCAAUGUUAUUUUCACAAAAUGCUUCAAAAAUCAUUUUCUUGCUUCUGCUUUAUUAUUCAUUUUCCAGACUGCUUAAUAUUGUUGGUGCUGAUCCUCCCUAUCCCCUCUGUUCCAAUCAUAGUCGUUAUGCAGACAACAGUUCAUUUCAUCACAGUCUUAACAAUCUAUUCUAUUCAUUAUCCUCGAAUUCGUCUGUUUCCAAAUUCUAUAACACCUAUGCCGGCAAUAACUUGGAUAGAGUCUAUGGCCUGUAUAUGUGCUUCGGCAACACCACAAUUGAAGUCUGCAACAGUUGCAUAAGCACCGCAUCACAGGACAUUUUGAAGCAUUGUCCCAACAGAAAAGAGGCAAUAAUAUGGGAGGAACAUUGCCAAUUGCGUUACUCCAAUACAAACUUCUUCAGCACUUUGGAUAUCAUAGGAAACCAAGCACAGAGAAAUUCGAUGAAUAUUUUGGAGCCGGAGCGAAGGCGAUUUAAAGAUGCUUUGAACAUAACCUUAUCUCGCGCUGUGAAAGAUGCAGUUUAUGAUCCUUCACCAGAUAUGUAUGCUGCUAAAAAGGUACGCUAUUUAAAGAGUGAGACGCUUUAUGCUCAAGUGCAGUGCACUGGAGACUUACUCGCGAAUGAUUGUAAUACAUGCCUUCAAAUUGCCAUUAACAAUGCUUCAAGUUGCUGUAAUUCUUCCCUUGGUGCAAGAAUUUAUAGUAAGAGUUGCUAUUUAAGGUACGAGGUCUACGACUUCGAUGGAGGCGCAUUUGAAGAAAUUCAGAUGACAGCGAAGAAUAGCAAAUGGAAGAUAUGGGUCACUAUGAUCUUUGUUGUAUCAGCUUUUCUAGCAGUAACACUAUUGGGAUCUUUCGUCUACUGUCUAAAAAUGAAAAUUGUAUCUCAUAGAGGGAAAACAAAAAUCCGAUGGGAGGACAUAAUAAGUCAAGAAGUACCAUUGCACAACAUUGCUGACCCAAAUGGCUCAGAAUUCCUAUACCAGAAUUUUAAAGCAGGGGAUGAACAAAAGGCUAUGGAAUUUCCAUAUAUAGAUCUGGCCUCUAUUCAUGCCGCUACUGAUAACUUCUCUGAGUCAAAUAUGCUUGGGCAAGGUGGUUUUGGCCCUGUUUACAAGGGGAAACUAAGUGAUGGAACGGAAAUUGCAGUAAAGAGGCUUUCAAGCUGUUCCCACCAAGGUUCAGAGGAAUUCACAAAUGAAGUUCUGCUAAUAAUGAAACUUCAACACAAAAAUCUCGUGAGGCUUUUGGGUUUCUGUGUAGAUGGAGAGGAAAAGCUGCUUGUUUAUGAAUACAUGCCCAAUGGCAGUCUUGAUGUCUCCCUGUUUGAUUCAACAAAAUGUGCACAACUCAAUUGGAGCAGGCGACUUAGUAUUAUAAAUGGAAUUGCAAAGGGUAUGCUUUAUCUUCACGAGGAUUCCCGGCUAAAAAUCAUCCAUAGGGACCUAAAAGCAAGCAACAUAUUAUUGGAUUCUAACAUGGAUCCAAAGAUCUCAGAUUUCGGAAUGGCAAGGAUCGUUGAAGGGAGUGAAGGUGAAGCUAGCACCUGUAGACUUGUUGGAACUUACGGUUACAUGGCUCCGGAGUAUGCUAUGGAGGGACUUUACUCAGUUAAAUCAGAUGUUUUUAGCUUUGGAGUCUUAUUGCUGGAGAUUAUUACUGGAAAAAGGAAUGCCGGUUUCCACGAUCAAUCUAAACUUUCUCAUAGUCUCCUAUCAUAUGCAUGGCAGCUGUGGAAUGAAGGAAAAGCAGUGGAGUUGAUGGAUCCAUCAGUGGCAGAGUCAUGUUGUCCAGAUGAAUUCAUAAAAUGUGUAUACUUGGGUCUGAUGUGUGUUCAAGAAGAUGCAUGUGAGAGGCCAACUAUGUCAGCUAUUAUGUUAAUGCUAGAAGGUGGGACAGAAAGUAGUACUCUUCGCCAACCUGAUCGGCCUGCCUUCUCUUGGGGGAUUUCUAAUGAAUAUGAUCAAAUUAAUAUUGAUAGUCUCUCUUUCGAUAGGUUAACAGGUUCAAGUGAUAUCAAAGCCAAUGAAUGAAACUCCAAAAAAAAAAAAAAAAAAAAAAAACCUUUCACAGUGUUGGCCUCUUAGUAUUCCUUUUUGAAAAUGUAAUUCUAAUUUUCAGAUUCUCUGUUGAAUAUCAAUUUAUAAUUCCAAUUUGCAAAAAUGCUUUUA